GAUAGUUUUGAGGUCGGUUUCGUGUUGUUUGGCGAAUCGAAAAAACUAUCGAUGGAUGCAACGGACGCAAAAUCAGUAUGGAGAGGUGAUGUGUCGGUCACACCAGAAUGUGGCUCUAAUGUGACAUUCGUCGUACGAUUCAAACGUUUUGGCGAAUUAACCUAA